UUGGCCACAGGCUUUUUUUGUUUUUAUCAACACAUGUAAAAACCAAUACAUAAUCAGAGAGGUGUGCGAUUGUACGGAUUGAAAUAACAGCGCACUUCGCUGUUGGAGAUCAAUUGUUUUCAAGAAAUUUUCUUAUAAUCUAUUUCAAAAUGUUAAAGUCAUCUCAAGUUAUCAAAAACCUUGUUGCAGUUAACAAAAAUGUUACUUCAAAAUUGUUACAAUCCAAGUUGAAGUGUAAAUGUUUUGCACAUUCUUGUUAUAACUCAUACCGAUUUAUAUCCACAUCGUUUACAUUAAUGAAAAAAGCUCGAGUUCCUAUCACAUUUGUCAAAGUUGAUGGUACUCAACUGACUGGCAUUGGAAAAGAAGGAGAAUCUCUGCUAGAUGUAAUAGUUAACAAUGAGUUAGAUUUGUCUGGCUACGGUGCAUGUGAAGGAACUCUUUCAUGUUCCACCUGCCAUGUUAUCUUUAAAGAAGAAGAUUUUCAAAAAUUAAAAGAUGAACAUCAAAUAGCGACUGAUGAAGAAUUGGAUAUGUUAGAUUUAGCUCCUGGAGCUUGUUCGACGUCUAGAUUAGGGUGCCAAAUAACAGUUACUAAAGAUAUGUCUGGCCUUACUGUGACAGUUCCCGAAAUUGUAAAGGAUCAGAGAGAACUUCCGUUUGUAUCAGAAACCGAAAAACAAAGCGGGCAGUAACUUUUUUACCUACAUUGUUAUAUUAAAAGUUUCAAACUCAAUCAUUUUCCUUUAUGCCCAAAAAUAUUAUUUAAAUUAUUUUUGUUCACAAAAUUGAGUAAAUUUUAAAGUGAUAUAUCUCAUUUUGCUAUAUUUUGACUUUAUUGUAUUAACUAUUAUUUCAUUGCUGUACUUUUUAAAAGUGAGCAAUUUUAGUGAAGGGGAAAAAUAUACAAAUGCAAAAUUAUAAUGUAUAAAAUUUACAAAUUACUAAUUUUAGAGCUGGUAAUGAAUUAAUUCUUUGAUUGUUUUUCAGUUUUUUAUUAAAUGAUUUAUGUAAAUAUGUUGUUAAGAAAAUUUAUUUUGUACAUUUAGUAAAUUGUCUGUAUGCAAUAACAUUUAACUCUAACUUGAAAUACAGUUUCCUGUUUUAAGUUUUAUUUAUGUUCUUAUGUGAAAAGAAGAAUUUCACUCAAUGCAAAAUUUUGAGGUUUAUUAAACUUGUAUGAUAAAUAAAGAAAAAUUUCUUCCGUAAUAAAUAGCCUAAAAAAUUUCGCAAAUCAAGUAUAUUGUGAGCAGUGCAGUUCUUGGCAACAAUUUAAAAACGGAUGAGAUGAUACAAGUAAGGAAUUGAAUUCUGAAAUUUAGUCAAUUCUCAAAAUUGAUUUAUUUAUUGCAGUUAUGUUUGGCCUUAUCAAAGUCAAAAGAUGCAUUUUUUAAAUGUCAUGAUCAUCAUGUUAAAAUAAAUGAAUUUAUAUUUUGGAAAACUGUUGUGUACUAAGGAGGGUAUAUCGUUUAUGACUGUUGAAAUAUUCAGUCAUAUUUCUAUUUUAGUAUUUUUGAUAAAAAAAUAAAAUAAUGGGUCUUGCAUGAAUUCUGUAAAGUGUAAAUGUGUGUAAAAAAUAUGUGCGUUUUAAGACAAGUUGUUUAUAGCACUUAGCAUUCAAAACUAUUU